UUAGCUCAUCGUUUCAACUUUUACUGACAUUUUCUGUUUUUCUACAAGUUGCUAAAUUUCUGAAAGAUUUAGUAACUAAUUAGGUCCACAUGGAUUUGCAAAAUGUCAAUCUACAACCACGUGGUCUACAAGGAAUUUUAGGUCCCACCACCUCGCCUCUUCGUCCCCCGAUACAACGCGCGUUGUUCCGUGUCCCUUCCCGUCUCUGUAACGAGCGAUGGAGACAAUAGCACAACCCAAGUCGGGAUGGGAGGGCAAGGUGACGGCCAGAAUCCGCGCCGCGACGCCCGAGCAGGCCUGGUCCCUCCUCAAGGGCUUCUGCAGCCUCCACCGGUGGGUUCCCUCCGUCCGCACCUGCCACAAGCUGGAGGGCGUCGACGGCCAGCCCGGCUGCGUGCGCUACUGCGGCGGACCCCUCAACCGCUCCGACCCCACCCAGCCCACGGGGUGGUCCAAGGAGCGGCUCCUCGCCGUGGACCCCGCCGGCCGCUCCUACACCUACGAGAUCGUGGAGACCAACAAGGGCUUCGCCCGGUACCGCGCCACGUUCGCGGUCGCCCCCGACCCGGGCUGCGCCGCCGAGGGGUGCAGCCUCGUGUGGUCCUUCGCCGCGGACCCGGUGAAAGGAUGGACCCAGCAAGAGUUCGUCGCGUAUCUGGAAAAGCUGGCGCAGGGCGUGGCCGAGAGGGUGGAGGCAGAGAUCGGUCUCGGCGUCGCCUCCGCCGAAGGAUGAUAGCCUUCUUCUGGUAACCAACUACAAGUAAUAUCUGAACAGUUGCUAUCACUGUGUAUUGGGAAAGAGGAAAGGAUCCUUUGAUGGGAGGCCGUGUAGGACUUGAUCGCUGCAACUUCUAUCAGUAAUCUUGCCGUAAAA